GAAAGACUUGAGUUGUGAAUAAUCAAAGAAGAAGGAGCGUCGCUCGCUAGGAAAGGAAACCUUGAAUCUUCCUCUGGACGUUGUCCAGAUGGCAUCUUCGAUAGCUUAUAUUUUUUAAUCGUAAACCCUCCAUUGUCUAAAUGCCUGUUUUUUUCAACUGAAAUUUUGAGUGUAGUGGAUAGCAAGUCUAAGCCUAUGGAUGUUAAUGGACUAAUAACGAAGGUGACAUGGAAGAUUGAAGUUUUGAGUGAUGUUGGUAGUAAGUCUAUGGGUCUUAAUAGACAAUUAACGAAGGUCACAUGGAGGAUUGAGAACUUCUCCAGUAUUAAAGACUACAAGCUCUGCUCUGAAAGUUUCACUGUCGAUGACAGUAAAUGGCAACUUAUUAUCUACCCACGGGGGAACAAUGUGGGUUUUUUGUCAAUUUUUUUACGUGUUGCAGAUUCUGCAGCUUUGGCUUCCGGAUGGACUAGAUAUGCCCAUUUCGGAUUUGCAGUCAUCGACCAAUUCGAUCGUGAAAAUUCCAAAACACUAGCCACUAAGAAAGAGUUCAACGCGAACUACCCUAUUCGGGGCUUCGGUUCAUUCUUACCUCUUACUGAAUUACGCAACCCUAAAAGAGGCUAUCUCCUCAAUGAUGCAUGCUUGGUUGAAGCCUACGUUUUCACUGGUCGGACUGUAGAUAUGAUUUCACAUGAAUUUAUAGUCAAAACUGAUUUGGAUAAACGUAAGACCAAGGAAGGUGAUUGUUUUAAGGCAGCCAUAGGCAACCAGAAAACUACAACCACCAAACCAGUAGAAGUCAUUAAUCCUUCACCAACUCUGGCCAUUGAACUUGAACAGCCUGCUGAGGAAGACAUGAACACAUUCUUCACUAGCUUAGAGUCCGAGCUUUCAAGCUCUGGAAUUGUUUAUUCUAAAGAAGAAGUAAAGGAAGCACUGGCUAAAAUAAACGAAGCCUUGAAUAUGACCCCAGUUGAUCUUAACGAUUCAGGGAAGUUUUCUCCACUUAAGCAGGCAUUCAUGAUCCUAGCUAGUUUUGAUUGUUCCUCCACCACCCUUACAAUUGAGCAAACGAAUGAGUUGUUGGGCUUGGAGGAAAGAUUGAAAGAACUAGCUAACCGAGCAGCGAAAGCAGUGCAGGACAAGAAUCAACUUGCUGCGAAGGAAUCUAUCAAGUGGACAAUGACUCGUAGUUUGGAGAGUAGCCUUAUCAGAUAUAAUGAGGUCGAAACAGAGGUGAAACAGGUGGAUCAAAUACUUGCUGCCCUCCAUGAGGAAGUUGUAGAAGCACAAAAGAAAAGGGAGAAGAUGUUGGCUGAACGAAAUGGGAUAUACAGAAGUUGCAAGGAAAUGAAAAUGAAGUUGGAUGCAUUGGGAAAGGAAUGGGCAGUGUAUGAGGCCACUGCCAGGGUUGGUGAGGACGAAGAGAAGAGUGUUGAGGCUGAAUGGGGAAGAAUCAAAGAUUUCAUGUCUUCCAUUAACGGAAAGAUUUAAGAACUGUAGAAGGAAUUUUAUAGGAUUGGUAUUUUGAGCUAGAUAUGCAUCUUAAUUUGUGUAAUUGGUUUUGCUUUUGUCUAAUAUUGUGUUUAAAAUAUUUUCUAGAAAUUAUGUAUUUUCUAAAUUA